AUGGGCAAGGAUCCCAUCUAUAGCCUGGUCAUUAUGGAUGAUAACAUGGGCAAGGAUCCCAUCUAUAGCCUGGUCAUUAUGGAUGAUAACAUGGGCAAGGAUCCCAUCUAUAGCCUGGUCAUUAUGGAUGAUAACAUGGGCAAGGAUCCCAUCUAUAGCCUGGUCAUUAGGGAAGAUAACAUGGGCAAGGAUCCCAUCUAUAGCCUGGUCAUUAGGGAUGAUAACAUGGGCAAGGAUCCCAUCUAUAGCCUGGUCAUUAGGGAUGAUAACAUGGGCAAGGAUCCCAUCUAUAGCCUGGUCAUUAGGGAUGAUAACAUGGGCAAGGAUCCCAUCGAUCGCCUGGUCAUUAGGGAUGAUAACAUGGGCAAGGAUCCCAUCUAUAGCCUGGUCAUUAUGGAUGAUAACAUGGGCAAGGAUCCCAUCUAUCGCCUGGUCAUUAGGGAUGAUAACAUGGGCAAGGAUCCCAUCUAUAGCCUGGUCAUUAGGGAUGAUAACAUGGGCAAGGAUCCCAUCUAUCGCCUGGUCAUUAGGGAUGAUAACAUGGGCAAGGAUCCAUCCAAUGCUUUUCGCUUUAUCUUGU